AUGCCAUAUCCAAAGGUAUCAAUUAGGUUUUGCACUAGAUGCAAAUGGAACCUACGUAGUGCGUGGUACGUGCAAGAACUUAUGCAAACUUUCCAAGACUCUCUGGCAGAGUUAUCGUUGAUUCCGGGCGAAACAGGUGAGUUUCGAAUUAUGGGAUACAAGAUGGAUAUGCAAGAUGAGAUAGUACUGUGGGAUCGCAAGACUGAUGGCGGGUUCCCAGAUAGCAAGUUUUUGAAACAGAGGGUCAAAUCGCGUCUUUUGGACGAUAUCAGUGUUGGUGCUCAUCUGGAGAGAGAAGCCAAAUCUACGAUUCUACUUACAGGCGAAGAAGGCGAAAAUUCGGGCAAAGAGUGUGCUGACUGUGUUUGA